GCACCUCCGACAGGUAACCGAUCGAUAAUCGGUACAUAUCAAGUCUCUAUCAUCACAACCGGCGACUUAAAGUCGUUAAUAUUGAGAGGAAGUGACUCGGACGUUGCUUUGAUAAUCCGGUUGCGAUUUCCGUGUCAUCAAUCACCGGAAUUUGUCGUUUCGAGCGCAAAUAACUCGACCCGAACAACACAAUUCCAGCAGUCCAAGGGUGUAUUAAAUUUUCCGCGGUUUAAUUAAAUUAUUAAUAUUGCGCCCUAAAAUUUCAUCUCGGGAAUUUACGACCGGUUCGAAUUUUUCAACUGAUUUUAUGCGCCUCUGACAUUUCUCAUAACACGUGUCGCAUCACACGAAUUACAAUUAACUCCAGGAGCAGGAACAAAAUGGCGUCUGCUCCGUUAUCAACAAGAGCCGACUCAGCCAGGCUUGUAGCAUCAUCCCUCGUGCAAAUAAUCGAUCGAGUCGUCUUGAUUAAAGAAGAAACUGUGGUUGGAAUGCCGAUUGCAUGUGUUUCCACGCCGAGAAAUUGGUGACCGAUAAGUAUGGGCUGGCUUUUAACCCUUGUCCUCCUGCUAGCCCUUAUCACUUUAAUGGCGACCGGCUUGCCGUCUCCGCAGGGGAGCGCCCACGUGCAGCCGCAGGCGGGCUCGCAGAGCACCCCCAGUCCGGGCGGGGCGGGCGUGGGGGGCAUCCGGAGGACGCUCUCGGGCUGGAGGGAGUGGAGGCGCGCCGACCCCACGCUCAUCAACAGCCUCUGGAGGAGCAAGAUGGGCAACGGCAUCAGAAAGCAGUUAGGCAACGCCGAGGUGUACAUAAUGCUGGCGCUGCUGAUCGGCCUCGUGACCGUGGUGAUCGGGUGCUGGCUGUCGGACAACUGCUGGUCGCCGGACCCCGAGGGCCACGUGGUGACCGUGGCCUGACCAUCGGCCAAGCCCCCCCUGAGCCCCGACCUGCCCAUCAGCGUGGUCAGCAUGUCCUCCACGUCCACGUCGCGGCCGUCGAGCCCCGAGAGCGACUGGCCGCUGGUGGAGCCCUCUGACGGCGACUCCGUCAACCUCUGACACCACGCACUCUGCGACCAAACUAAGGAGGACACCUGCGAGCUGCACAAGGGGCUCGAGAACGGUCACGUGUGCCGGAUCGAAAUGGACGACCAGGACCUGGUGCUAACUUAAAAUCAUCCCCGAGGCUGGUGUUUUACGCAAACCGGUCGCUUUUUACUGUCAAUUAGGGGUAUCUCCGUAGCCUUCUUCGAUCUUGACCUCUCUCACCCCGUGUUACGUCAAAAGGUGCCUUUUAGAGUUAGGCCUGUUUUUUUACCGACUGUUUGAUGGUUAUUCUCGAUUUUAACUGGUUUGCGUACAAUGCGAGCCACAUGACGAGUUCCGUUUCAAAGACUGCAGUGGCGCCAACGAAAAUUUGUAAAAAUUUGUGUACAAAUAAUGUUCUAAAUUUGUGGUUUGUACACUGCAAUUGUCAAUUAAACAGAGAGAAAAUUAUGUAUGUGACUCUAGUGUUUCUUUGUUUUGCUUAGAUCAAGCAGGCUUGACUUUUUACUACCAUAGGUUGCUUGAUCUACACAACACAGCUUAAUAAUCGGCUAAAUUUAUAGGUGUUAGACUUGUCUACUAAAUGUAGGACCUAUCAUAUCAGCCUGCCUUUCUGUGCUGUGCCUCUACAGAACCUUACUUAAAAACUCUCCAUAGUAAAAAAAACCUAACUUAUAGAGAGAGUCUCUAAACUCGGCGUUCGCGCUUCUAAUAAAGGCCUAAUAAACUCUUGAAAUGUAUUUUAAUUUCAAAUUAAUUAGAUAACGUGUAAAUAAGCUUGCAUUAAGACUGAUUUCGUAUAAAAUAAACGCCAUUUUGGCGCCACUAAACCAAGUGUUAAAUCGAGUCAUCUGAGAGGUGCAUAGCCAAUCGCCAUGUCCGCUCGUAAUCACAUGACGCUUACGUCAAAUUAACUCCUCUAACCUAAAAACGGCCUAAACUGUAGUUUCGCAGGCGUUUGUUUUAGCUGUAUACAACUUUUCCUAGUUUCGCUUAAGAACAAUUGCUCAAAAACAUUGUAAAUAGAGAUUUUAGUUGUGAUGUAAGCCACGGCCAAAACAUUUUAAUUGCAUGAUAGAGGGAACAAUAUUACAUAAUUAGUGGAUGUAUCCUGGAAUUUACCGGUUUUUAACUGUCAGACCUAAUUAAGAUUGACGAUAUUGCAACGAUAUUUGUACCAAAUGUAUUUACUCAUGAAAUAAAGUGACGUAACUAAAA